UUUUUUUGUUUGUGUUGGAGUGCAGCUUACAGCAAGACACCUACUGAGUGUAUUUCCCCCCCUGGGCAUUACAGUGGUGGUACUUUUCAGAGGCAAGUGUGUCCAUUGCCUGGGGUCUCUCUGCCUUAUUUAACAACAGGAAUUGCUAUGAAUUUUGCAGCACAAUUUCUCUACUCCAAGGUUUUAAAGAACAGAACUCCCAGAGAAUGCUCCUCAGAAGAUGAAGACUAUGAUCCUUUCUGGCAAAGUGAUGACAGUAAAGUGAAGAAACAGGAUAUCCCAACCCCUCGUGACAUUCAUCAUUGUAAGGACAGGCCUAUUAGAAAUGGCAACAUCGGGCAGCGACCAUCGUCCAUUAACCCUGAGAGACUGAAAGAUUUUGGGGAAGAGGACUACUUGAAUGGGGAUGUGAAGACUUGGGAAAUGAAGAUUGUGAGCCGGAGUGAGGAAUUACUUGGAGAUGCCCUUGACCCAGUUUCUCACUCAAAGAGCAAGACCUAUAAUAAGCUAAUUCGAUUUGAAGAUAUAAGUGCAGCAGCUUUCAAAAUCCAAUGUGGUGUUCAGAAAACCCCCUGCAUGUAUUCUAGGCUUUCAAAGCAGUAUGGAAUGGACAUCUACUUAAAGAAAGAGUUCCUCCAGUACACAGGAUCUGUAAAGGAACGGGGUGUCCUCUACCUUCUGUCAUCACUACCACAGGAUCAGCAGAGAAAUGGUGUGAUCGUGGCCUCCGACAGUAACUUUUGUAUGGCAGUUGCAUACCAUGCUUCAGAACUCCACAUUCCAGUGUUUGUCAUCAUGUCUACCAGCACCUCUCUAGCCAGAGUGAAAAUGUGCCGUGAUUAUGGUGCCAUGGUUAUUUCCUAUGGCACUACAGCCAAGGAUUCCCAGAUGCAUGCAAGAAGGCUGUCACAAGAGAAUGGCUAUUUGUACCUUGAAGAGGAGGAUAGUGCUAUUUACCUGGCAGGGCUUGGUACCCUGGGUCUGGAGAUUUAUGAGCAGGUACCAAAGCUGGAUGCGGUGAUUUUCCCUGCCGGAGGCCAUUGUGGUUUGCUGGCAGGAUCAGCUGCUGCACUCAAACAUCUGAACCCACACAUUUCUGUGAUUGGUGUUGAAUCUGAGAGUUUCCCUAUACUACAACAGUCAUUAAGGACAGGCCAACCUGUCAAAGACCAGGCCUGCAGCAAUCAUCAGUUUUAUGGAGAUGUGAGUGGGCCUUGCUUUGGCACCAAUUCUUUCCAGUUGACAGGAAAACUUGUAGACAAAGUUGUUACUGUGAGGGAGGAGGACAUUCUCAUUGCCAUACUGAGGCUGCUAGAAUAUGAGCGAGCCACAAUUGAUGCAGAAGGGGCCAUUGGACUUGCGGCUUUAGUUGCAGGGAAGCUGCCAGAAUUAAAGAGUAAAAGAGUGGCAAUUGCUGUAUGCAGUGGCAACCUGGAAUUGCCUUUGAUGCGACAGUGCAUAGAUCGUGCCCUGACCCUGGACAACAGAAUGUGCAAAUUUUCCCUUCUGCUCUCUGACUGCCCAGGGGAUAUUACAAAGUUACUGGAGAUAUUGGCUCGGGAAGACGUGAGGGUGUUGGACAUUAAGCAAGAACAUAUGUUUGUGACAUCUGAUCUCUUCACUAAUGAGGUCACCUGCAUUGGAGAGACUAGAGACAAAAUCCAUACAGUACAACUAAGAAAUGCUCUCUUGGAUCGCUACCCGGAGAUGAAGUGGACAGAACGGUGAUCAACAAAGCACUGUGGAAAGUGCUACCGUCUUUUAACAAGCACUUUAUAGAGAAUUGAAACUUGAGGCAAUAACAAAUAUUACCUUUCAGAACUAAACAGUUAGCAAAUAGCUGCAGGAUUGAUUGAUUGAUUGAUCUAUUUCGGUGCUCAGAAUACAAUGGCUCAAAUCAUUAGAUUAGCUAUGGGAAAGCUUCAUAGUUCCUGCUUGAGUUGGAAUUCAAGAAUAAGUUAUGAAAUGGCUGUUUGGUUUUUCACUGGCAUGUAGACCCCUGUGGUAAGUAGAAAGAAAGAGGGCAUUUUUCUUGAGAUCUUAUUAUAGUUUUCUCAUCCUCCUUCUUUUAAUGCCUUCAGUUUUCAUGUGUGUUGUGUCCUCCUUUGCUGGCAUGCUCGCUUUACAUUUUCCAAGCCAGAAACAGCACCUCAUUUGCUGAGUCUGCCUUUAUAAUUACAUAUCUACAUUUAUGUCAGCACAACAUCUUCACUUUCAGGCAAGGAAAAAUAUGGUUAAUGAAGCACACUAGAUAAAAAAAUACAUCUUGGAAAGGAAAAGCCAAUGUUGAAUUUUUUCCUAUGGGAAGAUUAUAAUGUUUAUAGAAAUAUGGCUUCCAGAAAUGUUGCAAUUAUAAAAAACUUAUUUUAAUGUUAUUAAUCCUCAUGUUUAUCAAACAAAUGUAAAUGUUUUUCUUCCCCACCCUUUGGAAACUCACCAGUACAAGCCACAUAUAAAAUAGAUAUUUCACUUUUAGAGAGGGUCUUCACCUUCACUGAAUUUUGUAAUCAGAAGUCAGGUUAAUCUUAGCUUGCCCAAAACAAAGCAAUGUUAGAAAUAAUAUAUAUGUUCAAAUAUGGCUAGUUAAUAAACAAAGAGAGCUAUAGAAGAAGAGGAAGCAUGAAUCUUAAGAAACUGCUAAUGCAAUUCAGAAGGAGCAUAUUGACUUGAAUGUCCCUGAGAACCAAUAAUUGCACUGUAAGCAGAGACCUAUUAAUAAGUUAACACUAUAGGGUAGGGAAAGACCUUGGCAAAAGCUUGGGCCCAUUGCUGAGUCUUAAGUAGCCCAGUUGCCUGUGUAGUUGGAUGAGAUUCAAUUUUAGGUCAGGUAUAAUGGAUUCAAUAAAAUCACUCUAAUGGCCAGAUUUCAACAGGACUGACCCAAGAUUUGAAUGGGGGUACUUCAAUUAAUUCUGCCUCUGGAUCCUCAAACUGGUGAGUAAGUAGGUAAAACAGAGAUGUGUCUUCAGGUGUGCUAUACCUACUGAAAUGAAUGGGAUUCUUCAGUAGGACUUCAAGUAAUUAGAGCUCCCUAGUGCAGGAUUUGGGUUCCCUUAUUAGGCACCCAUGUAACUGGACUUCAGAUUCAUGUUUCCUAUGACUGUGGAAGAAGAUUGGAUUAAAAGCCUGUAAUGACCUUAAAUAAUUCCAAAUUACUAUUAAAAUAUACAAAAUCCUCCUUUUUUCCCCCCCAAGAGUGAUGCCCUUGCCAACUAGUGUGGUAUUAAUGGGGUGUAAUUCCAUGCACCUCUAAAAACACAGCACAGAACUCAGCCAGGAGAAAGGUCUCUGUUGGCUUUCAACUAUCCGUCUUUACAUUUUUGAGGAGCGCUGACAGCCAGAGGGGGCCCAUUCUCCAGCAGAACCAAUCUGGGGGCCUAUCCUAAGGCUGAGCAGCCUAACAAGGGAUGUUCCAUGGACUGUAGGGCUGCCUGACAUGCUGGUAGUCCUCUCCUAAUAGCACCUCUGGCUGCCUAUUCACAUGCUCGGAGAUGGGGAGGUGGGGGGGCGGGGCAUUUUAAUUACAGUGGUUCGCAGAGAGCUGCUCUAAUUAAAAUGCUGCAGCACUAUGUGUAUUAAGACCCUGCACAUUUAAAAAUGGCUGUGGAAUGCUUUAAAUAAAGCUCAUUCAAUAAAGCGCCCCAUGUCCAUUUUGAAUUAGAGGGGGACUUAAUACAUGUGAUGCUGUGACAAUGCUAGAGCAUUCAAAUUAGAGCGUCGGAGCACGUCUAUAGGCAGCCUGAUUCCGGCCCUCUCAGAGCCUGUGGAGAGCAGUCUCAUAGCUGUCUCUGUAGUGUCUGCAGAGCCUUUUUAGGGAUCCCUUAAAUUACUUGGGCCAUAAGGAAGCCAGAGCAGGAGGAAAGAUCUCACCCAUGGCAUUUAAAGCACGAGAAGUUCAGUGUUUCAUUAUUUUUGUAAGAACCAUAUUUAUGUGCAUAUAAAACUAAAAAUUACUGAAGUACUAAGGAUUAGUGUCCUGCACUUUUUGCUGGCUUUCAGAGGUGAGUACAUAGCAACAAAGGGUUUACAUGCUUGAAUUUAUCUGUCUGUAAAUCACAAGCUGUUAUAUACGACUCCUUUUCACUGGUCAAAAAAAUCUCAAACCAUUUAAGGAGACUUACAUUAUACCAGUUCCUCUCUAUUUGUACACCUGGGACUUCCAUCGCUAGAUGACAAAGACCAGUAGACACUGAAGGACAGAAACUCAAAUAAGGAACAACUCAUUUAAGCUGGCAGAACUCAGUUGCAUGUCUGCUAUGAGCAGGAAGUGUAGUCCUAUGGCCAAUGCUUUUAAUGGCUGCUGUGUGUGACUGAGUUUUUUGGAGCCAGUCUGAGAUAUCCAGUCUGUGUACCACACCGGUGGAAACUGCAGGUGUCCAGGAUCUCUGAAAAACAAGAUGAAGGGUUGUCAGUGGUCAUUAGGCAGCCAAAAACAGAGUGACUGCCUUUGAAAAUGGUUGUACAUUUACUAGACUGCAAGUAUCUGAAAAGUAGUUAAUAUAGGACACAUAUAAUAAAAUCAGUGUGCAUUUAAUGCGUCGUACUCGACAUAAAUAGUCAUUAACAUACAAUAUUUGUUAUAGUUCUUUAUCAGUAGGUUUCCUUAUUUGUUAAAUAUUGUGAUACCAGAGAGGAUAUCUGUUCUGAAGUGUUUUCUUUCACUACUAAGCUGAAAUGGAUAUGAAGGAAAAAGGCAUUCUGAAUACUUAGAUCAAUGAAUGCAACAGAAGAAAAAAGUAAUUAAGUGUCUCUGCAAUCAUAUUUUUGUAUUAUAGACGAUAAUGGGACUAUGCCAAUGCAAUGUCUAAUUUAUAUAUUAAAAAAUUCUCAAUUCA